AGCGAACUGUUCUUGUUGUGAAGGAGGAAUGGAAUCUACUCACGCUAAGGAAUCGUGUGACUACUGCCCUGAGAAUGAGGUGUCAGGAGGGUGUGAGAUGUGUAGGAGUUGUAGCGAUGAUGUGGAGUGUCCAUGUCUUGCGGAGGAAAGACCUUGUUCGCCUGGUGUCCAGUGUGUAAACCUGCCUGAUAACAAGUACAAAUGUCUCUCUUGUCCAGCUGGAUUUGAGGACAGUGAGGGGGGCUGUGUGGAUAUAGACGAGUGUGAGAGGUUCUCACCCUGUUUUGCGGAACUCAAUGUUACUUGUACUAAUACUGUUCCAGGUUUCAAGUGUGACUCCUGUCCUACUGGCUACACUGGCAAUGCUCCCCAAGGCAUAGGGGAACCAGAUGAUAAACAACAUUGUACUGAUAUUGACGAAUGUGCCACUGAUAACGGUAACUGUGAUAUUAACUCGGAGUGUAUCAACCAGCCUGGUUACCACUACUGCGGAUACUGUUUUGGUCAGUACGUUGGUAACGGUACUAUCCCUUGUAAGUCAGGUGACUACUGUGAAUCAGGACAGAACACGUGCGACACUAAUGCUAAGUGUACUGUCACAGGUCCGGCUGGGUUUGUUUGCGAGUGCAACAUACUAUACGCUGGUAACGGUACCGCAUGCGGUAUUGACACAGACGGGGAUGGUUACCCGGAUAACAGUCAGAACUGUCAGGGACCUACUUGUAUUGCAGACAAUUGUGCUUAUUAUCCUAACACUGAUCAGGAAGAUCUAGACAAUGACGGUCUGGGAGACGAGUGUGACAGUGAUAUAGAUGAGGAUCUGAGUAUAAACGAGAAGGACUGGUGCCCGUACGAUCCUGACAUAGCAUCUGAUAAGGGAAACAAAGCAGAUACGGAUAAUGAUGGCUGGUUAAACGACUGUGAUAACUGUCCUACUAAGAAGAACGUGGAUCAGUAUGACAAGAAUUCAAACGAUGUGGGUGAUAAGUGUGACACGUGUGAUAACGGGAGCUCUGAUCCUGACUGCUUUGUUGAUGUGUUGCCUGCUUGUACAGAUAACACUGGUAAAGAUAGUGACGGCGACGGUGUAGAUGAUAAAUGUGAUAAUUGUAUGUACGAGUCUAAUUCUGCUCAGAGGGAUACAGACGGAGAUGGAAUAGGAGAUAGCUGUGACGAUGAUAUAGACGGAGACUUCCAUCCUAACACUCAAGAUAACUGUGUGUACAGAGCUAAUCCUGGUCAGGAGAAUAAAGACAAGGACUUUAAGGGGGAUAUAUGUGACGACUCCAAGUCAUGGCCACACUACAUGGUAAAUGAUGCCGAUGCUGACGGAGACGGAGUUGCAGAUGUCGAGGAUAUUUGUCCGUUUGAUAAGGAAGUCAGCGAGUUCAACUUCGCUACCAGUCAGCUAAUGGAUCUUAGUACCUUUAGGGAGCCAGGUGAUAUUCGGUGGAGGGUCCGGUCUAAGGGACAUGAUGUGGAUUUAGAAGCGCUAAUGUACGAGGAAAGUGCUGCCAAACUAACUAGUCCUGUAGCUCUGCUCGGAGAAACCAGGUUUGAAGAGUUACAGUUUGACGGCACGUUUUACGUUAAAGAUAAUGAACGGUACCCUACCAUAGAUACGGGCACUAUAGGGAUUAUAUUCGGUUACCAGGAGCUUCACAAGAAACAAGACCAGAGUCAGAAGAUAGUGAGGUUUUAUCUCGCUACCUGGAGACAUGAUUACCAUACUUUUAACAACUGCGCUGAGGGGAAAUGGGAUAACUGUUACUAUGGAGCAACUACCGGUCUACAGAUAAAGUCAGUAACGAUACACAGUACAGCUGGUGCAGCUAACAGAAAGGAGAUUCUCUGGUGGUCCGCGUCCAAGACAGAGACCAAUAACAAGAUCACCACAAACCUGAUAUAUCAGGAUCCUAAACAUGUUACAUGGGACUUCAACCAGGCUUACAGAUGGAGACUACACCACCACCCCUCAACUGGUAGAAUACACCUCUCUAUACACACAGUACAACAAGUAGACAGUGUAGACACAGUCACUUCAGUUGUAGAUACUGGCGACCUAUACGAUAAGAGGAUACGAGGAGGCAGGAUCGGUCUCUACUCGUUUGGUCAGUGGAACGUUACCUUCGCUAAUACAGCCGCCCGGUGUCUUACUCCGCAGAACUACGCUGCUAAUCUGAACGGGAAUAGUCACGUGAUAAAAUUAGGGGAGUUGUCUGGAUUGGGCAUCAGUAGGAGCUUCCAGAUCAGUGCUUGGUUCAAGAUCGCACAACCUCCAGAAAACGGAACAAGCUAUCCUAUUAUUUGUAAAAACAAACAGACAAACCUACAGACUCUUUGCGUUUCCAUAACUUCUGAGCUUAAGCUGGUUGGGGAGUACGCAGAGUUUACUGUAGAAUCUGAGGAAGAAGUCACUCUCGACACUUGGCUUUACUUCGUUAUUAGGUACGAUAUGCAGUAUAAGAACAUCAGACUCUACCACAACAUGGGUGAAACUAAACAGUACGUCGAGAGUGAGGAGUUUGUUAAUGUGGGCCCGGUCAGUGAGGAGUUAGUUGUGGGGUCUGAUGGGGACCAGUACUUCAAGGGACAGAUAGACGAAAUACGCAUCAUACACAGACUGCUACACGAGGAGGACUACUUGUACACACUGCUGUUCAAACCCUCACUUGCCAGAGAGGAUAAGAUGAGACUGAUCGGGGCUCAUCUCAACUUUGACAGGGAUGAGAUUGUAGAUGUGUUGGAGAAUAUUCAGGUAUCAGUACUGAACACAGAUUCUACACUUCUCCCCCCAGUCGUUAAAAGCGCUGUAAUGGGACAAAUGUACAGAUAUGACGAAGGAAACAGAGGAGGGUUAGAGAGGAGCUUGUACCUGACCUCUGACAGAAAGAAGAGGGAGAUAUCAAAGAGGAGAAAGAAAACUGCUGAACAUGAGUGUAAUGAUACAUGCCGUACUGGGUCACAUGACGAACUGUAGAGGUCAAGUGAUGAACUCUAAAGGUCACAUGAUGAACUAUAUAGGUCACACGGACAACUCUAUAGGUCACAUGAAGAACUCUAGAGGUCACAUGGACAACUCUAGAGGUCACAUGAUGAACUAUAUAGGUCACAUGGACAACUCUAGAGGUCACAUGAUGAACUCUAGAGGUCACAUGAUGACAUAUAUAGGUCACACGACGAACUAUAUAGGUCACACGACGAACUAUAUAGGUCACGUGAUGAACUAUAUAGGUCAUAUGAUAAAAUAUAUAGGUCACAUAAUGAACUAUAUAGGUCACAUGAUGAGCUAUAUAGUACAACGGAUUCUUAUAUUUGAGUAUUUGUGCUUUGUCGUAUUUUAAAUAAAGUAUUUUAAACGUAAUUGAGAAGUUAUCGGGUUGCUCGGAUCAAAUGAUAAUAAUGCACUGUGAGGUUCAAAUUGAGAAUUUUAUGUCAUGUUUAUCAUUUGAUUCCUGAAACCAAAAUGAUGUGCGAUAUAUAGUAAAGUGAGGUGGCGAAUCACGUAACUAUACAACUCGAGAGUUAAGUACGAAUCACGUACAACUCGAGAGUUCUAGUUGAGUACGAAUUCAGUGCAACCGUCAAGAAUUAUAGGAAUUGUGAACUACUUAUGUAAAUAAUUGUUCUUCAAUUCGCUUGAUGUACAUAAGUUGCGAACUAUAAGUAAUAGUACGUAUUAUAACUUUAGAUAAGUACUAUAAGUAUCAGUACAUAUGAAACUUACCUAUUAUCUCUGGUACUUAUCGUAAUCAGUAGCUAGGCUCAUGACCAACUUUGUAGUAUUUGAACUGUGGUCAUUAGAAUUUAGCGAUCAUUACAACUUCAGUCAAUUUGCAUGGCAUGUUUGGAGCGGCAAAGUGAAUUAUUAAGUAAAAUACAAAUUAAUUUAGCGACAAGUUGCUUUCUGUUGCAAUAAGUUUUAUAUUAAGUUAUGACAUUUCGUUUAGGCAGUAUCGGAUAACAACUUUUUCACUUGGUGAAUUAGAAUCGUUUUUAGUUUUGAAGUUAUAGUUUAACUCCAAGCUUAUAAUUUUAAAUCAAUUAUGUGACUGAUGUGUUGUUUUGAUUCCCAUUUGAUUAAAUUAUAUUUUUAAUUUUCAUUCAUUUGUUUUGAUAGCUUGUUAGUGUUCGAAAUAUCAGAUUUUGAUUCAAUUUUC